ACCACUAUCACCUCUUUCCUAUACUUCCACGCAGACCACCACUUCGAACCUCGGUUUUCAAUGUCUGACUACCCUUCUCUGAGCAUACCCAGUCUCUUCAAUGUACAAGGCAAAAUCGCUGUAGUCACCGGUGGUGGUAGCGGUAUAGGCACGAUGAUUGCUUCUGCUCUCGUCCUGAACGGCGCAAAGGUCUACAUUGCCUCUCGGAAAGAAAAGCAGCUGAAAGAGGUCUCAGAUCAGCUGAACAAGGCUGGACCUGGCUCGUGCGACUAUUUAGUCGCAGAUAUCAGUAGUCAAGCUGGCUGCCAGAAAUUGGUGGACGCCAUCAAGGCUAAAGAGAGCAAGAUUCAUAUACUAGUCAACAAUUCAGGAGCAACGUGGGGCGCCCCAUACGACAAUUUCCCCGAGAAAGAAGGCUGGGAUAAAAUUCUUGCGUUGAAUGUCAAGUCGAUAUUUUACCUCACUUCAGGAUUUACAGACCUCCUUGCGAAGGGUUCCACGAAUGCUGAUCCUAGAAGAGUCAUCAACAUUUCCUCGAUCGCAGGCCUUUCUCCUGUCGCCGAAGGAUCGCGUGUGGCUGCCCCUGGGACUGGUCUAUGGAGCUACAAUACGAGCAAAGCCGCUGUGAACCACCUCACGUCGCAACUCGCUGUGACUUUGGCUCCCAAGUAUAUCACAGUGAACGCCAUCCUCCCUGGUGUAUUCCCCUCAAAGAUGACAGCAUUCGGCUUCAAAAAGGUCGGAGGAUCUGACAAGAUGGCUAGUGGUCAUCCGUUCGGUCGAGUGGGAGAGCCGCGCGACAUGGCGGGUGUAGCCCUUUUCCUCACAAGCCCGGCGGCUGCGUACGUCACCGGAGCCCACAUCGUCGUUGAUGGAGGAGGAUUGGUUUCCGGCGCGAAAGCGCACUUGUGAUGACCUCUACUCACGGUCAGUAGCUGUUUCAGAUGUUGCUCGGAUGUACUAUGGAUAUAGGAUUAUGUAUCAUAUGAGCUUCGUGUAUGUGCCGCAAUGUCAGCGGUAGUCGGUGCCAAGUAGUUGCUUAUUUACGAUCGAAUCGAA